AAACAACAUCCGGGUACAUGAAACUUACUUCCUCCUGUGAUGGUGAAGGAAACUUUCUGCCGACUGUGAUGGUGUAAGAAACAUCACUAUUUGAGGAUUUUUAUUGAUUUUUUUUUGGAAGAUAUUCUCACCAAAGGAGCACAACGCAAGAAGGUUCUGGUAAAGUCACAUCAUGCAUGCAGUCGAGCCGACGGGAGACGUCAAACCCCGACAGGUGAUUCAUUUCUCUAGUGGAGAGAUUCUGACAGAGGAUGACAGUGAGGAAGAGGAGGAACAACAUCAGCUUCAUCAAGCGCCCAGUGCUUCUGACCAGAGAAACUGGACAUGGAGGGAUUAUUCUCGGUUUUGGGGAACACAGAUUUUAAGAACAUCUUUGAGAUUUUGUGAUUUUCUUGGAGAGAAAAUGGCUGGUUUACUGGGACUGAAUGCUGCCAAAUAUCAGUAUGCUGUUGACCAGUAUCACAGAGAUCAUAAGAAUGAAACGGAAGGAGAGGUUUUGUCUUCAAGCACCAGCGUGAAUGAGGAGAGAAUUGAUCUGUCAAAAAUAGUGAGCAAACAGUAUGGAGCCACAAAUGUACAGGACCCGACAGAGCAACAAACCCUGAAAGAAACACUACAAUAUAAAGGAGAGCAGAAUGAAGGAUACAAUUCUAAUGAAUAAUGUGAAUUGUAAAAUUUUCCUGUUUAAUUUAUGACCAUUAAACUAAAUAUGAAAGGCA